CAUUCCUGCUGUUAGCUUGACGUCGCUUUGACCCGCAGACCGACGGUGUCAGAGUCAGGAAACAGACAGAACCGAGCCGAACCGCCACAGCUCAACGGAGAGAUUAGCCGGUGUCCCCGGCGCUGAGCUCAGGGUUUAUCCGGGGAUGGAAGACCCUCCCCGGAGGACAGACACCGCCUGAACCGGAGCCGCCGAGAAACGGUUUCACCGUUCGUUAGGAACGGGCGGGUUUAUUCCCGGGGUUCCGGUCGUUUUUGGGCAGGUAGUCGUUAGCAGAACCUCGACUAGCUGUUCCGUUAGCUGCCCUGGAUCCACCAGCCAUUAACGGGUUAAGUACCGAUCUAACAGGUUCGGGCGGCUUGGGUCGCAGCGGAGGGCGGGAAUGUGUUUUUCACCUCCGGAACGUUGGAUUACACGUGUGAACCCGGUCCGGUUCGUUCCCGGGGUAUUGUCUUGAAGGAGACACCGGCGGCUGCUGCUUCCGCUCCCCGCCCCAGAUGUGGAGCCGCGUUCGGGCUCGUUAUGGCAGCUGAGCGGACAUGGCGGGCUGGAGGAGACUCCUGACGGGAACAAUCUCGGCUCUGAACCCGGAGGAGAUGAGCUUUAUUCCGGCGGUCUGGUGUCACUGAAGCGACCCGGGUUCACCGCACCAGAACCGGCCUGAUUACCGAGUUUUUAACAGAAACGGUGUUUUUUACUCUGCGGAGGAGAUGAAGAGGACGGAGAAUAAAAACAAGAGGAAGCUGAGCAGCUUGGAGCAGCAGGAGAGCGGAGAGGAGCGGAAAGAUGAGAAGGAGUUUGCGGCUCCGCCCCCUCUGCUCUUCAGGAAGCUGAGCAAUCCCGACCUGUCGCCCGCGGCAACCAGCGCCACCAAGUCCAAACUGCACCGGCAGCUGAGCCAGGACGAGAACCGGGCCCGGCGCAGCAGCCUGGCCAUGACCGGGAAGCAGCUGCUGCCCCUGUCCUGCAGCCUCCACGGGGGGGUCAGCCAGCUGCUGGGGCCCCCUGCUGGGCCCGGGGCCCCGUCCGGCCCGGCGGGCGGCGGGGGGGACGGGAACAACCUGGUCCGGAUGAGGAGCCAGGUUCUGGGCCAGUCGGCGCCUUCGCUCAGCGGACUGAAGGAGCUGAGUCUUCCCAGAAGAGGCAGCUUACUCUGGUCACCGGCUCAGCUGCGUUGCCACGGCAACAGCAGCCUCCUCCUCCAUCACCUGCUGUCCCCCACCUCCUUCCACCCCUCUGUCGACCAGCCCUCCUCUUCCUCCUCCUCCUCUCCCUCUUUUCCCUGCGACGGCCCUCUCUCCGCCCCUGCUUACCUGCGAGGAAACCCCUUCCUCUGGAGCUGCCGGGCCAGCAACAGGAAGAGUCUGAUCGUGACGUCCAGCACUUCCCCGACUCUCCCUCGGCCGCACUCCCCGCUGCACGGACACACAGGCACCAGCCCCCUGGACAGCCCUCGUAACUUUUCCCCCAACGCAGCGGCGCAUUUCUCCUUUGUUCCGGCUCGCAGCCACGGACACAGAGCCGACAGGACCGAUGGCCGCCGCUGGUCUCUGGCCUCGCUGCCGUCGUCCGGAUACGGAACCAACACGCCGAGCUCCACCGUCUCCUCCUCCUGUUCAUCUCAGGAGAAGCUGCACCAGCUGCCCUUCCAGCCCACGCCGGACGAGCUGCACUUCCUCACCAAACACUUCAGCUCUGAGAGCGUCACCGACGAGGAGGGCCGCCGCUCGCCCGCCAUGAGGCCGCGCUCCCGCAGCCUCAGCCCGGGGCGCUCGCCGGUUUCCUUCGACCACGAGAUCAUGAUGAUGAACCACGUCUACAAGGAGCGCUUCCCCAAGGCCACGGCCCAGAUGGAGGAGCGUCUGGCCGAGCUGCUGGCCUCGGCGGCGCCGGAGAAGGUGCGUCCGCUGGCCGACGGGGUCCUGAGCUUCGUGUUCCACCAGCUGAUCGAGCUGUCCAGGGACUGCCUGGACAAAAGCAGAGAGGACCUCAUCACCUCCAGAUAUUUCUACGAGCUGCAGGAGAGUCUGGAGAAGCUGCUGCACGACGCCCACGAGCGCUCAGAGAGUGAGGAGGUGACCUUCGUCACCCAGCUGGUGAAGAAGCUGAUGAUCAUCAUCGCCCGGCCGGCGCGACUGCUGGAGUGCCUGGAGUUUGACCCCGAGGAGUUCUACCACCUCCUGGAGGCGGCCGAGGGCCACGCCAAGGAAGGCCAGGGCAUCAAGUCCGACAUCCCGCGAUACAUCAUCAGCCAGCUGGGCCUGACCCGCGACCCGCUGGAGGAAAUGACCCAGCUCAGCAGCUACGACAGCGGGAACCCGGAGACGCCCGAGACCGACGACUCAGUCGACAGCCAAAGCACGGCCAUCCCUGCCGCGCCGCAGACCAAACCCAAAACGCCCCGAGAGGAAGACUUCGAGAACAUCAAGCUGAUCAGCAACGGGGCGUACGGGGCCGUGUAUCUGGUGCGGCACCGGGAGACCCGGCAGCGCUUCGCCAUGAAGAAGAUCAACAAGCAGAACCUGAUCCUGCGGAACCAGAUCCAGCAGGCCUUCGUGGAGCGCGACAUCCUGACCUUCGCAGAGAACCCGUUCGUCGUCUCCAUGUUCUGCUCCUUCGAGACCCGGCGCCACCUCUGCAUGGUCAUGGAGUACGUGGAGGGUGGAGACUGCGCCACGCUGCUGAAGAACAUCGGCGCUCUGCCCGUCGACAUGGCGCGGAUGUACUUUGCUGAGACCGUCCUGGCUCUGGAAUACCUGCACAACUACGGCAUCGUGCACCGAGACCUCAAACCCGACAAUCUUCUCAUCACGUCUCUGGGACACAUCAAGCUCACGGACUUCGGCCUCUCCAAGAUCGGCCUGAUGAGCCUGACCACCAACCUGUACGAAGGCCACAUCGAGAAGGAUACCCGGGAGUUCCUGGACAAGCAGGUGUGCGGCACGCCGGAGUACAUCGCCCCGGAGGUCAUCCUGCGGCAGGGCUACGGCAAGCCGGUGGACUGGUGGGCGAUGGGCGUGAUCCUGUACGAGUUCCUGCUGGGCUGCGCGCCGUUCUUCGGAGACACGCCGGAGGAGCUGUUCGGCCAGGUCAUCAGCGAUGAGAUCGUGUGGCCGGAGGGCGACGAGGCGCUGCCUCAGGACGCCCAGGACCUGAUCGCUAAGCUGCUCCGCCAGAACCCGCUGGAGCGGCUCGGGACAGGAGGAGCCUUCGAGGUGAAGCAGAACCCGUUCUUCACGGAUCUGGACUGGACCGGCCUGCUGAGGCAGAAAGCCGAGUUCAUCCCUCAGCUGGAGUCCGAGGACGACACCAGCUACUUCGACACUCGUUCGGACCGGUACCACCACGUGGAUUCAGAGGAAGAAGACACCAACGACGACGAACACGUGGAGCUGCGGCAGUUCUCCUCCUGCUCCCCGCGCUUCAGCAAGGUGUACAGCAGCAUGGAGCGUCUGUCUCUCCACGAGGAGAAGCGGACGCCGCCGCCCACCAAGCGCAGCCUCAGCGAGGAAGGAGGCGACCGCGUCGACAGCCUGGGCGGACUCAAGACCCGGGACCGGUCCUGGCUGGUCGGAUCGCCGGAGAUCCUGCGGAAGCGUCUCUCCGUCUCCGAGUCGUCGCACACGGAGAGCGACUCCAGCCCGCCGCUGACGGUCCGCAGGCGCUGCUGCUCCGCCAUCAUCGAGAUGCCGCGCUUCGCCAUCUCCGCCGAGGAGGAAGGAAGUCCAGCAGGGGGCGCCGGCAGCAGGAAGAGCCCCAGCCUGCUGGGUCCGGCCGCGGCGAGGGGCCCGCGCUCCGAGGAGCUGCCGCUCUCCAUCCCAGAGCUCCCAGUGGAGCUGAAGCUGGAAGAGUCUCCCACCACGCCCAGUUCCACCAGCAGCCAGCAGAGCAAGGCCACGCUCACACCAGGAAGCUCUGGAGACGGCGACUCUCCGUCCACACCGAGGGCCAUCAGCGACCUGGCGGCCCGCCGCGCUCGCCAUCGCCUGCUGUCCGGAGACGCAGACAAGCACGCGGCGAGCGGCGGCGCCCGGCCGUUCACCAAGGUCAUCAAGUCGGCGUCGGCCAAUACGCUGUCGCUGGUGAUCCCAGGAGAUCACCACGGAGCGUCGCCGUUGGCCAGCCCCAUGUCUCCACACUCGCAGUCGUCCAACCCGUCGUCCCGGGACUCCUCGCCCAGCCGCGACCUUUCCCCGGCCGUCAGCAGCGUCCAGCCCGCCAUCGUCAUCCACCGAGCCGGGAAGAAGUACGGCUUCACGCUGAGAGCCAUCCGCGUCUACAUGGGAGACUCCGACAUCUACAGCGUCCACCACAUGGUCUGGGUCAGUACCGGAACCGGGUCCACAGAGUUCUGCCUCCUAAACCAGCCGCUGCUCAAGAGGGUGCAGUCGGCCGAGAAGCUCGCCGCCUCGCUGUCCGGCUCGCCGUCGUCGCCCGGCGCGGUCGGGGCGGCGCGGAAACACAGCCUGGACGUCUCACACUCUGAGUUCAAGAAGGAGAUUCUGCAAAGGGAGCCGAGUCUGCAGAGCCUCCAGCAGGAGUCGGGCAGCGAACCGAUGCUGGCGCCCGCCGGGCGCGGCGUCGAGCACGGCAGCCUCCACAAACACGCCGCCGCCUCCAGGAAGCUGGGCCGCCAGGAGGGCGAGGGCGCCGUCGGCAUGGCGACCGGGUCACUGGGCCUGACCUCCGGGAAGAGCAAGCUGAAGGACAAGCUGUCGGCCAUCCGGCAGGACCGCGCCGAGCGGCGGGAGUCGCUGCAGAAGCAGGACGCCAUCCACGAGGUCGACUCCUCUGAGGACGAGACAGAUGACGGCUCCGAGGACAGCCAAGAUGGCCGCCGCGCCGCCGUCUUCACGCCGCUGCCGCUGCUGAGGCCCACCUCUGUCCGGACGGGCCCGGCCGGCACGCUGCCCUCCCUCUGCCACCUGGGCCACGUGCCGCCGGUCGCCAAGGCGACGGCAGACCGGCCCGCUCAGAGCGCCGCCGCGGGAAAAGCGGACGGGAACGCUCCGGAACCGAGCGGACUCGCUGGGCCCGGCCCGGUUCCCUCCAGCUUCUCCACCCCCGGCAGCGCCUUCAUGUCCGUCAGCAAGCCGCCCCCCCAGGCCGACGCCCAGGGCCCGAAGCCCGCGGCGCCCCCUGCUGGCGUUCCCAAAGAGCAGAAAGAGGCCGACAACCGCCGGCUCUGCGCCGCCGCCGCGACCUCUGUGACCUCUGCAGCCGAGUCCGGAAUGGACCGGGUCGUGUCUCAGAUCGCCACCGUAGCUAAGAGCGUCCUGGGUCCGGUCAGAACCACGCCACCCAGCAUGGACGCCUCCAGAACCUCGACCCAGUCCAACCGGGCCGGACCGGAACCGGCUCAGGCCUCAGCCGACCCGCCUGCCGACCCGGCCUCCGGCAGGAAGACGUAGCAGCAGAACCGGCGCUGCAGAACUGUUCUGACCCGGUAGAUCCAUCCGGCCCGGUUCUGACUGCUUUCUGUUACUUCAGUGUUCUGAUUCCCGCUUCAGCCAAAACGACCCGGAUUCGGGGCUGCGGACCUAACGACGGCCCGGUUCUGGAGGCGGUUCUGUGACCCAUUAAUGAGCGUCCAGAACCAUCCGGACCCGACCUGGGAACCGUUUCACUGCGGCCCAACCGGAACAGAACCGCGACCCGAUCCGCUCCGUCAUUUAAAGGCUCUGUUCCAAACAGAACCGACCCGAAGUUACGAUAAAAUACUUGGACCGGCGCCGCCUGCCGGCCGGACGCCAACCCGCCGGAUCAGACAGGCUAACCUGAGAAACGUUGUGCGGCCCCCUGCUGGUCAGUCUGAGCUACUGCAGCCAUUUCCUCAGACUCCCAGUAAAUAAAAUGGUUUUUACGUCCCAAUAAUAUUAAUAAAGUUUAAAAUGUUGAAUUUAAA